AUGCCAACUUCUAUUGCCAGGUCCGGGAGCGUCCUUGCUGAUUUCCUGGCUACUGUGGCCCAGUCUGAGUCGGCUGCAGCCCAGGCUACGUACACUGAUGCCCUGGUAGAUGGACAGCUGGGGGAUCCUGAUGAGAACGGAUUCACGGUGGAUCCUGAGAACAGCAGGAUAAGUGAAGCUGAACCUGCGGUGAGCGGUGGAGUUUCAACCACUAUAAUCAUCAUAGCCGCAGUGGUCGGUGUUGUGGGGCUGAUAGCUGUGGUUGUUGUUGCCAUAUUCCUCAUGAGAAGACAUGCCGCUCGUGAUAAGCCGCCGAAAAAAGCGUCUAGUAGCAUGGAAUUGGAACCUAAUGUAGCAGGUAAUUCGGACGACGGAUAUCAGAGUCUGAGAAUGCCUCGCAGACAGAAGUCCGACCACACGUAUCAAGGUUUGAUGGCAAGCAGUAAAACGGAGGAUACACCAGAUGUCGCUUAUGAAGAUGUAAAACCAUCCUCAGAAUUCCCGAGGAAUCAACUGAACAUCAAAGAGAAGCUUGGACAAGGGGAGUUCGGGAGUGUCUACAAGGCCGAAGCCUGGAAAAUUUCGGGAGGCGAAGGUGUGAAAACUGUGGCUGUCAAGGAAUUGAAAGGUAUGUCGAGUCCCACUGCCUCGACUGCUUUCUUCAAAGAGUUGACAGUACUGAAGCUACUUGGGACUCAUCCCAACGUUGUGUCGUUUCUCGGAUGCUGCACGGAUGCAGAGCCGUUCUACCUGCUGCUUGAGUACGUGUCCGGAGGAAGUCUCCAGUCCAACCUCCGCACCAGCCGCACCCAGCAAACAUACGGGAACUUACACGGCGGCAGCAAGUCCCUCUCAUCACGUGACCUCACCAAGUUCGCAUGGGACGUGGCCAAGGGCAUGACCUUUCUGUCGUCUAAGAAGAUCAUCCAUCGUGACCUGGCUUCUCGGAACGUGCUUGUGUCUGCAGACCGGACCUGUAAGGUGUCUGACUUCGGCUUCUCACGGGAGGGAGAUGAGUACGAGAGGACCACAAAGACCCGCUUGCCUAUCCGCUGGAUGGCCCCCGAGUCGCUGUUCCACCGGAAGUACACCACCAAGACGGACGUCUGGGCCUUCGGAGUGCUGCUCUGGGAGAUCGUCACUCUGGGUGCUACCCCGUACCCCGGUAUGUCCAAACGAGAAGUGAUGGACGGAGUGCAGCAGGGAUACAGGAUGGACAAACCAAAACACUGCGAUGCGAAACUCUACAACCUGAUGCAGAGCUGCUGGGAAGUUGACCCCGCCCGGAGACCGGAGUUCCGGAAGAUACAGCGGACUUUGGAUUCACUCAUGGAGACUGAACAUGACUACAUCAACUUGGCGACGCUGGAUGAGAACACCUAUACAAGUCUGCAAACCGCCUCGGACGAGAAGUACUAA